AUGGCGAGUCAGGAUCAGCCGCUGCAGUUUCCCUACCCGUUCACUCACCCCCCUCGGUCCCUCCCUGGUCCCCCCCCCGGGAGGCCUCGUGAAGUUGACGAGCCUGAGAAACCACGAAUAGGCCCCCAUGUGCUUGAGUGGCUUUUGCGCGCCAAAGCCGAAUUAAGGGCUCUUCCUGAGGCUGACGGAGAAGGGACCCCCCCUCAAGGGGGCCUCCAUGCCGACGAAAGGGGGAAGCAUUAUGGAAGAUCGCGAAAAAACGAGGGCCAAGGCUUAGAGUAUUGCCAUGAUGAUGACGCCAAAGGCCCUCCAGUCUGCAAGAACCCUCGUUCUGGCAGGGGCAGCUCCCAUAACGGAAGCUGCAAAGAGCAACGGAAGCAUUUUUCGUGUGGCGGAGGAGAGCUUGGAGAACACGUCGUUGGAUCUCUGCUACACCUUGACGUCACCCUGAAUGCCCCUGGAGAAACCCCUUUGGCACCAGGUCCUUCCGACACUACUAAGGAGUGCAGAGAGGGUGACGUCGGGCUUCUGGAGGAGGCCAUGUUAGAUGAGUUAGGAUUUUUCCCAGUGUCAAGUUUUGAAUGGUCCGAUAGGGACGAUGAUGGAGUGCCUGUAUUCCUAUCGGGAGAGGGCAGUGGCUUCCUGGACAAGAGGCAGCCGAGCGGCGAAACAGACCAAACAAGCAGCGAGAAGCGGCCCCUACAGAUUCCCAUUUCGGAAAGAAACCUUCCUUCAGGGUCCGGCCAGAACAUCGCACAAGUUGAGGACGGAAGUGCCUCAGCAGGAGCAGCAGACAGUGGUGGUGGUAUGGGGGGUGGUGCACCUGCUGUUGCCUCUGUUGCGAUUGGCUCGGCCUCAUCUGCGGGGAGGCAGAGGCCUCCAACUGUAGUGUCAGCGAGCUCCCCAGGUGCUGCAGAGACUCCCCUUUGGCCUUGUGCUGGCUGCGCAUCGGAGGUAUCUUCAGCACUUCACGAGACGAGCCCUCUGAUAUCCCUCCCACAGGCAAACACAUGCCUGCCCUUGCCAGGAGAGCGGUCAACUCCAGCGUCUCCGCACGGAUGCGGGGGCCCCGCUCCCCAUUUUUCUCCUCUGGCCUAUCAGGUGUCUCCUAGGGGUCACUCAGGGGCCCCCAAGGGGCCUCCUGUCAAGGCCGCGGAUCUUCCACUCUCUCCAGGACCACAAGGAAGGCCGUACCGACCAGCCAACAGCAAGCUAAAGGGCCAGAGGGCUGCUGCUGCCGCCUCUGACAGCGAAGCGGCGGAGGUGUGGGAAGGGACAGAAGCAUCAGCAGCUUUACUACCGGCUCCCCAGGAGUCAUUUGCAGCGCGAGUUAGACGAGCGGCCCUGCAAAAGCAACAGCAGCAGCAGCAACAACAACAACAUAUACAAUUCCAGCACCAGCAUCAGAGGCAAGUAUCGCAACAGCAACUGCACCAGCAGAACUGCUCCUUCCAGGUUAACUCGUCUGCCUACAUGCAGCAGCAGCUGCUGCUUCGAGGAAACUUCUCAUCCGAAAUUCAGGAACAGCUCGACGGCCCGCUGUGCUUCACUGCGCUAUCUCCUACGAGACCCAGAGUAAAGCACCGCCCGUGCUCUCUAGGUGACUGGCUCGGUCCAGGAUGCUGA